AAUUAUCAGCUGAUCCUGCUGGCUGUUGUUGAUGCCUGAAGUUGCUGUUGUUGGGGCACUGUGUUGCUCUUAUCUGCUCCUGACACUGGACACAUAUUAAACCCGAGAAAGGGACACGGUGGGCAUUAAGCAUUACCGCCUCACGAGCUUCUAAGUGACAAGGGAAGCGUCUCGCAGCGAGGACUUUGAAUUUGCGCACUAGCUGCUGAAGAGCUAGCUUCAAAGCUUGAAGCUCCGGUGAGAGGAAGAAAGAGAGACAGCAGACCGCUCUACGUGCUUUGUUUACGUCGUGCCAGUCUUAACUGCGAUAUUUAUUUUUUUCUUUGUCUUGAUUGAAUGUGGAUUUUGUUUCCUCACCUAGACUAUUUACAUGUAUACUUCAUUACCAGUACACUAGUGGCAGCUAGCUCAUCAGCUAACGUUAGCCCAUAGCGCAUAUAAACAGUGUUGUUGUCGAGCGCUGAUGCUUUCGUAACUGCCCGCCUCUGACAGAUAACAACAGCUAACAGUGUCAAUAUUCAGGCUCUGAGAAAGUGUUGUCGUGCCUCUAUUUUCCAGCUGUUUGUCCCUGGAUCAGGUGCUGUUUUGGAGACGCAGGGCAGCACGGAAACCGGACAAGUUGAUAAUAAGAGCUCUUAGCAGAUCAUUGUGGUUAAUGAACACGUCCGUCUUAUCUGUUGGUUUAUUCCCGACUUCGAGUGGAUUGCAUUUUUUUUCAUCUGCAUCGAUUUUAAAACCAAGCGGACAAGUAAUAGGUUAACUGACAGCUGGCCUUGUUCGUUUUAGGUUGCCUGACAGGUUGCGUAAUUUGUUUUGCUACAAGCUGUCAGUAUUUCCUGGGUAACUUGUUAAAUAGAUUAUAAUUUUUUUUAACGUAUGCAUUUACUACGAGGCUCUGUGGAUGUCAUUUUAAAUAUUAAACACACUUGUGAGAAAGGGACCACUCUUUACCAUAUAUGUAUUAGUUGCUUGAUGGUCACAUUUAGAACAAUUACUCAAUAGAGUUAUGAAUUAGAGUAGACAGAUCUUAAACUAUUGUGAGACUGUGUUGUGAUCAGGGAGAGACAAGCGAGGAAAAAAGGGUCCCUCAGAGGGUCCCAUUGUGUCUUGAGGUGAGGUGAGCUGCCCUGCCACUACUUGUCAAUGCUGGAUCUUGAGGUGGUGCCUGAGAGAUCACUAGGAAAUGAGCAAUGGGAAUUCGCCUUAGGGAUGCCAUUGGCCCAGGCCAUCUCUAUCCUGCAGAAACACUGCCGCAUUAUCAAAAACGUCCAGGUGCUAUACAGUGAACAGACGCCACUCAGCCAUGACCUCAUACUGAAUUUGACUCAGGAUGGGAUUAAACUGCUGUUUGAUGCCACAAAUCAGAGACUCAAGGUGAUUGAAGUGUACGACCUGAGCAAAGUCAAGCUGAAAUAUUGUGGAGUCCAUUUCAACUCUCAGGCCAUUGCCCCCACAAUAGAGCAAAUAGACCAGUCAUUUGGAGCUACACACCCUGGAGUUUACAAUGCUGCAGAGCAGUUGUUCCAUCUCAACUUUCGAGGCCUGUCCUUCUCCUUCCAACUGGACUCGUGGAAUGAAGCUCCAAAAUAUGAGGUGAGAAUCAAUGUGCUUGUCAGCCAGUUAAAGAAGGGCAGCCUUGUAGUUGAAAUGAUUACCCUUCACAUGGAACAGUCUGAGGUCAUGUUCUAUGUUUGCCUUGAGCACGGCUUGAUGUUGUUAUGUGAUGAUAACAAAAGAUGUGUAACAGAAUGAUGAAACA